AUGCCCCAUCCGUUCAUUCGUUCCGAGUCCGGCGAUCCGGUUUCCGCUGGCUUUAUAACAUUCUGGUUCACGUCGCUCUUCUUUGGCGCAGCGUUCCUGCUCAUCGUGACAGUGACUGCCUUCGUUUCCAAGAAGAUUCAUCGCAUGUCAUCGUGGUACAACUUUUGCCUGUCCUGGUUCAUCUUGGCUCUGUCGUUCAGCCUCUUGGCAUUCUCACCAAAAGGAAUCGGCGCUGAACCCCCGGUCAAUCUCUGCCUUACCCAAGCGGGCCUGGUUUACGCCGCACCGGUACUCACUUCUUGGAGCGGGGCCUCCCUGGUAUUACAACUGUGGUGGGGUACGUCCGCAUUGGUGCGAACUGGGAAGGAAGAGGAGGCGAGGAGGCGGCCAGAGGGCCAAUUGCUGUUUCUUCUCAUUUUCCCUCACACCCUAUACGCGAUAGUACUUGUCAUCAACUUUCAGAUCUCCCUGGCGAACUUUAGUCCACAAAACGUCGGACUUAAUCACGAAGGGACAUACUGUGUUCAUAACAACACCAGCAUCCCGGCAUUGAUCACGGCUACCCUAGUUUCCAUAGCUAUGAUAAUCAUGUUCGUCUUCGAGGGCCUGUGCAUUAGGCAUCACUACAAAGCGUAUCGGGCAUUUGGAUACCUGGAAGCGGCAAGACCUUCACAGGUGCUGCUGUUUCGCGUAGUUGGAAUGACCGUUCUGGUUAUCGGCAUCCUUCUCAUAUGUCUCAUCAGGGCGUUUGACCGUGGACUGCUCGGUCGCUCUUUUGACAGUCUUGAGGACGGAUUCAUCGCCUUGCGUGAGUAA